ACGAACUUGUGUGGUGUGUUGUUAAAUGUUAAAAUAGGCGUAAUUUUUAAAUUACUUCUAAUUAAAUGUAAUUUUAUUCAAAUGAAGAAUAGAAUUCUUAUAAGUGUUGACCUUUUCAGUGUGUUUAUAAAUGAAUUUUCCUCGAAAUUUUCUUUGUGAGUGAUUUGUGAGAUGAAAUUUGGUGGAUUGUUUUGGUUCCAUUGAAGUCUAUUGAUUUAUCAUAAGCCAGUGACCUGUUUUUCGUAUUUGUUAUGUGAUUCUCGUAAAUAAUUAAUAGUAUUCGUAGAGGGCAGUGUCCGUACUCUGUACUCUGUAGCCGUGGGAGUGAUUAUUUCUCUAGCAAUACGAAACUGCGACAGACAUGUCUGCGGCGAAAUUUGUGUUAUGAUUAAACGUAAUGCGCGGUUUAGCUAAUUAAAUAGUUAGAAUCUUUAUUCGUUAUGGUGCGCUCUCCACAAUGAUGACGCCUAUCGAAGAAAAGAAAGAUGAGAAGAUUCGCACAGGCAUGGUGCAAGUAUCGGACGGCAAGUCGAGGCCGAGGCCGGCGCGCCUCGUGCUCACGAUGGAGGCGGUGACGGUACAGCGCGAGGUGGUCAUACCGCCGCAGCCGCCGCGCGACAAGAACGUGCCCCACGCUAGAGAGCGAAUGGUCCAACUGACUCGUCAAAAAGUGGGCGGCCUGGGGUUGAGUAUAAAGGGUGGCGCGGAACACAAGUUGCCCAUACUCAUCUCCAAGAUAUACAAGGACCAAGCGGCCGACCAGACCGGACAGCUGUUCGUCGGGGACGCCGUCAUCAAAGUGAACGGCGAGUACAUAACGGCGUGCAAGCACGACGACGCCGUCAACAUCCUGCGCAACGCGGGCGACAUCGUGGUGCUCACCGUCAAGCACUACCGCGCCGCCACGCCCUUCCUGCAGAAGCAAGCGGACGGAGCGUCCGACACCGACAGCAGCACGGGGGACGAGCACCCCUCCUUGCACAACAAGGUAGACGCCAACUGCAACUCGGAGCGGACGGACACCAACGGCGGCUGGCAGAGCGCCUGGGGCGACCCGGACGACGGCAGCCGGCCCGGCAGCGCGGCGGGCUCGGCGCGCGGCUCGCGCCCGCCGUCCGUGGCGUCCGACCGCCUGCCCGACCGCGCGCCCGUCGGCUGCAAGGAGUGGGUCGACGUCAUCUCAGUGCCGCUGAUGAUGGGCUACGUGACGCGGUACGUGUUCGGCACGGACAAGCUGCGGCCGGGCGCGUUCGAAGUGCGCGGCGCGCGGCCGCAGCAGACGACGGGCGUGGUGCACGUGGACGAGCCGGCCGCGCUGUCGCACUGGCUCAAGAGCAUCUCCGACAACAUCAUGGGGCUCACCAACCUGCAGAUGAAGCUGUUCAACCGGCACCUGUCGGGCGGCGAGCGCAUCGAGUACAUGGGCUGGGUGCACGAGGGGCUGGUGUCGGGCGCGCAGCCGUGGCAGACCUACCGGCCGCGCUUCCUCGUGCUGAAGGGCACCGACGUCAUGCUGUUCGACGUGCCGCCCGCCGGCAUCGCCGAGCUGCCCAAGUGCCCCGAGACCCUCAAGGUGUACCAGACCAUGUUUCGCACCGUGAAGGAAAGCGAGACCGUGGACUGGCGGCAGCACUGCUUCCUGGUGCAGAGCAGCAGCAGCCUCACGUCGGCCGCCGCGCCGCGCUACUUCAGCGCCGAGACGCGCCACGAGCUGCUGCGGCUGGAGGCCGCCUGGACCGCCAACAUCGUCAACUCCGUCGUGCGCCUCGGGAAGAAAACGUUCACGGUGGUGCACAUGGGGCGCGCGGCGGGGCUCACGCUGGACUGGUCGUCCGGCUUCUCGCUCAGCGAGGGCACGCCAGGGGCGCCGCCAGUGUGGUCUUACAGAUUUUCGCAACUAAGAGGUUCCAGCGACGAUGGUAAAUCAAAAUUAAAGCUGCACUUCCAAGAUACUGAGACCAAAGUUAUUGAAACUAAGGAGUUGGAAUGUCAGAUCCUGCAGAGCCUUCUGUUCUGCAUGCACGCCUUCCUCACUGCCAAGGUGGCGUCCGUGGACCCCGCCUUCCUCGCCUCCAUCCAGCAGGCCAACUGAGCCAACACCACCGCACCGUGAACUGUAGGAGGUGAUGUGUACGAUUGUGGACUCUAACGUGGACUGGAUAAGGGCCAUAUUUAAUUGUCCUCCGAAAAAGUGCUCGCGCGUUUUUUUUCUUAUUGACUUUGAGGUUUGGGUCUUACAAAAAUUGCGGCAUGUGUCAGAUAGCUUAUUCACUUUUAUUUUUGUCAUCUAACACUUAUCAGAAAGUGGUGAAGCAAGGCUCAGUAAUAAAUAAAUCAACGAUUUUUUUGAAAAUUGUAAACUACAACAUUAGUUUUAGUAUUUAAAAAAGGAAAACGAAAAACAUUCAGUAUUCUUUAACAGACUUUUAUUUAACUUAUUAGUAUGUCAAAUCUUGCAUUUGACCAUUUGGGGACCAACAGUGGUUCCCAAUUGAAUUGAGCUCAAAGUUUUACGAACAAGUUUAUACAACAAUUAAUAAGUUAAGUGACGUCAUUUUAAAUCGAUUAUGGCGAAUCCCUAAAGAUGAUGCAUCAUUUAUUUUUGGCAGCCCCAUGUCUCUACUAACAUUUGAAAAAAUGUCGUAUUUUUAGUUUUACUUGAGAAUGUCUAGAAAUAAUUAGUGAUAGGCCUAAAAUUCUAAACUACGACAGCGAAUGUAGGAAGACUUACAUACAAUAAAACUGUUCUUCCGAUACGUUCUUUUCUUCCUCUAUAUUUACACAAACGUAUGUAUCAUGUAGUUGUUAAGGGCUUAUGAAUUUAUUGCGUCACUGCACUGUUUCAAAUCGUGCAUUUAACCAUUUUAAUAAGUGGCGCCCUCUAGUUGGAAUUUUACCCUAGGUUGAAUAUUAUACAGGGUGCUCGGGAGUAUUUCCUAUAACUUCAAGGCGUUGACAAGUCCACUUAUACGAGCCGAAUUGCAUAACAAAUUUUUUUUUUACUAAAAAAAUAACUUUUUAAUUUUCAUACAAAGUAAUUCAUAUCAUUCCGUCUAUCCAUGUAACACACGCCUUUAUCUAUCCUUGCAUUUUAAAAUACAUAAUCAUAGUGGUAAAACUGUCGAUAUCGAUAAGAUAUUGCAACUGGCACUCCGCACUUCACUAGUAAGCUACUUCAUAAUAUUUAUAAAUGAAUAAGUUUGGCUAGAUUAUAAUAUAAGAAAGUGAUAUAAGGAACACAAUGUAAGAUCUUUUUACAUUAGAAAUAUUUUUUACUCCGAAAAUAUUCAUUUUUGAACACAUGUUCCUUAGACAUUUUUAAUUAAUUUUCCUUAGAGAGUUAUAGGUAAUACUCCCAAACAUCCUGUAUAAUAAUAUAAUUAAAUUGCCUCCUUGGUCCCAGUGGUUAGCCUGUCUGGCUUCGGAUCCGAAGAUCCUCGGUUCUAAGAAUUUUUCUCUUCUCCUCAACAUAAUUUAUGGAUGUUUUCUAAUAUAUGACAUUUUUCAAUUCGAAAUAUACUUAUAUUAAUUUGUGUAGGUAUAAACAGUGUAAGUCAUAAUUUUAAGCGAUUUUAAAAUUUAUAUAAAUCGGACGUUACUUUGCGAAAGUUUAUUAAUAGUAAACAAUAAAAAAAUAUAUAUUCAUAAUAAUAAUUAACCAUGAUAUUGUGUUCAUUAUUUAUUAUUAUAAGUAGAUUAAAAUAUUUAAGCUUUUACAAUAGCCGAAAUUGGUUGCAAUCUAUAAGAUCUGCCGCUACAUCGAUGUCAUUACAAUUUGAUGACAUUAUUAUCUUUUAUUAUAAACCAAUAAUUGUAACGAAACUUAGCGCCUGUAAAUUGUCCGUCUCUGAACUAUUCAAACCAAUCAGAUAAAUUUUUUUAAUAAUUUCUAAUUUUUAACAUAUUCUUGACGAAAUAAAAAUAUAAAUUAUUAAAAUUAAAAACACACGAUACAUAGGUAGUUGAAAACCAAGAUUUUAAAAUGUUGAUAGAUUUUAAUUUUUUAAUUUUAUGAGGACUUAAUUAUUGCUAGUUCAUUAAAAAUUAUAUAUUGGUUGAAUUUGAAUUAUUCCUAUAUGAGUAGAGGCUACAAUUUGACUGAUUUUCAUUAUUUAUAAUUAAUAUUAAAAUGACUAUUAUUCAUUAUUAUUAUUAUUGUGAUGAAGUAAAUGUUCGUGUACAAAUUCCUAACCAUUUAGGAAUCUUAAUCAUGAUUAAGAUUCCCAAAUGUAUAUCAAUAGUUUGUUCGAAAAACGUUGGGCAUAUACCAACAGUUUUACUGUAGUAAUUAGUAAUCCCACUUCUGAAUUCUUAAUAAAUGACGUUUAUAUGAAGUGCGAUAUAAUAAAAUAUUAAAGCAUCAUCGAAAAAGUAGGUUUGUCUGUAAAUUAUACGUAGAAAUCAUUGCGCUUGGGUCAUAUCAUUAAAUUUAAGUAAAAAUCUAUAUUAUAUAAUAUAAUCUAUUAUUGUGCUAUAUUGAUUGUGGAUUGAAAUGAAAUGCUAAAUUAGUUUGUUAAAGAGGUUUCAUAUUCUAACGUUUAUUGACUGGAUCGGCCCGAUGCAAAAUGGCUACUGGCUAUAGUGUUCAUAGAUUUAUAGUUGUAGGUGAUUAUUAUUAUUGUAAAAAAUAGUUUUUUUUGGAAAUAUGAGGAGUGUUUUCUAUUAUCGAAAGUUAUUUGUAAGUUAAGUUUGUAACAACAGCCGCGGUGUCGAAUGCCCUUUCGGCCCGUAGCCGUGGCUGUAGUGGAUAUAUCUUUGAAGUCUGAAUUUAUUGUGUAGUGAUUCGUUCUAAAAUCGACUUUAAUUUUAUUAUCACAUAAUAUAUUUCUGCAUUUAAAACUUUCUUGUAUAAUAGUUCUAAUUUCUCAGUACCAACCUCAGCUAUUUAUUUACGGUAGGAAAGGUAUUGAAGUACUGGGCUUAACAAUUGUCUUAUAAUAAAUUAGUUUAAGUACCUCAAGUCGUAAAACAAUUCGUCCCCUGUAAUGGUAUUUUUGAUCACAUAGCUUAUUCGCUAAUUAGUUAUACAAAAUAGUAGCGUUUUUGUGUAGAAUAUGCCCAAGAUCUACUAUAAUGCUUUUAAAGUGAGAAAAUAUGAACAUAUUGCUGUUGUUUGUCGACUAAUCUUGAGCAUUUGACUUCCGGUAAAGACGUACCGCCAAGCGAUUUAGCGUCCCGGUUCGAUGUCGUGUGGAAACCGAAAGGGGUGUGGAUUUUCAUCCUCCUCCCAACAAGUUAGUCCGCUUCUAUCUUAGAUUGCAUCACUUACCAUCAGAUGAGAUUGUAGUCAAGGGCUAACUUGUGAAAAAUAAAACGUGAAAAAUGUUCACUUUGAGUCGCGCCGUUGUAGUCGGUUUUGGGCAUUUAAAAAUAUGACGUCACUGUAUUCACGUCUAGAAUGAACGUAUAUUGUUUUACAAAAUGUAUAAAAUCUAACACAAAUCUAGUAUUUUCUUAAAUACCCACAAUUAACAAAUCUAUUUUUUAACUAUUUAACACGCAUAUUAUAUUUUAAGUUUUUAUUAAAAUGCUGUUUACCAACUAAAAAUAAGAUAGAUCAACAUUAUUUUUUUUUAUAAUAAUUGUGUUAAUAUUAUUAAAAAGUUGCUUUGAGUAAAUUUACAUUAUUUCACAUUUUUUGCUUGUAACACUAGUUUUUAAUUAGGUUAUUCAAUAACACGCUUUAUUUAUUUAUUUAUAUAUUAAGUAUCCCUAUAAAAAGAAACUUCAUACUGGAGUGACUGAUAUUAUUUUGUAAUUAAGUAUAUACAUAUACUACUAGUUUUGCGUGCAUACACCAAAUUAAAAAACCAACUUUUAUUGUUGUCGGGAAUCGAAUUAGAUAGAAAGUAAAUGUUUGUAUAAUUCCUAGUAUCAAUAAAAGUUUCGCCACACAGCGGACGGGACGAGACGGGACAGCGACGCGACGCGACGCUGGGGUGUCGAGAAUCGAUAUCAUAUAUAGUACGGGAGCCCGGGAUGCUAAAUUUGCAGUUAGCCGAGCGUCAUGAGGACCACAUUUGGUAGAACAAAUUAAAUGAAGAGUAAAUGGUUAUUAACUUUUUUCGCUUUUAGCGGUGAAAAAAAAAACCACAAGUCUUACUGAAAUUGUCGGAAUAUUUCAGCGAUUAAUUAGGGGGUUCCUUCAAAAUAAGUAAAAAAUUAAUCUCACUCGUAACUCGAGAACUAAACUAUCAGGGUUUUAUUUUGCAACUUUGAAAUCCUUCCAUUCCAUUACGUUACGCUUAAUUUUUGGUUGCCCUAAACGUACCCACCAAUACUAAGGGCUCAUAAGGGCUUGGUGGAGGUACUCAAUAACGUGCAAGGUAUAGUCCCUUAUGUUUAUCUGCCGCGAACGAGUAACUGCAAAAAUCUCCUUCGGCUCCAACUAAUACUAGUUAACCCGUCACGCCAAACGCUAUGUAUUUGUCAAGUUGUAUGUCGCGUCGCAGUCCCAUCCGUUGUGUGGCGAACCCUUAAACGCCUCUAACUAUACGUAGUUGUUUGAAAGUGUACCAAAAGUUAGACGUUAUAGCUCCAUUCAUAAUAUAAGAAAAUUUUAUAUGAAAAGAAAUGCUCGGCCAGACAUCUGCUGGGUGGUUCGCUAGCUCAGUGGUAUUUAGAAAAUCAAAGCCAUUGACCUCUUACAUUUAAUGGCACACGAAAUGCUACGGAAUGUAUUGCGUAAUACAAUAAAGUUGUAAUGUACUGAUUUGAAACAUGCUCGGUUGAUUUUAUUUACCGAUAGAAACCGAGCUACCGAGAGUAACCCAGGUGUUUUCCACUAUGAACUUGUAUUGUACUUCGUUGACGGUUUUGUAUUUGUGGCUCUUAACUGUCGAAAUUAACUCGAUUGGAAUCCUAGAGUUAGAAUGUGGCAGUAUUAUUCACGAAGUCCAUUAAAAUGUACAAAUUUAUUAAAAGCUACUAUUUAAGCUCAGCCACAACAGUAGCAUGAUGUGUGUGUACAAGAGAACUAGAUAAAAGAGCCCUGUUCCGUUAAAGGUGACCGCUCACUUGUCCAUGCCGAACUAACUGAAAGAGCUGUAAGAAACCUAUAUAGGUUUCUUACAGCUCUUUAAAACAUGUGAAUCUCGGAUGCUUAAUGCUUAUUAAUUCUAAUAGUUUUGAGCUAGAAAAAAAUAGCAGAUGACGUCAUCAGACCUGUCGUUUAUUUGUAAAAUGUAGGUGACUUUUUAAUGCUUUUACAUUUUUGUCGUCCCGCCAGCGUUGUGUCGCCGUCGCGUCCGGUCCGCUGUAUGUCCGAACUUUAUACAUGAGCUAUAUGCAAUAACCUGAUUUUUUGGACCAUUUAAAUUAUUUAUUAACUUCAACAAAUAUCGUAUUUCUGUUAUAAUCCAGUCAAAUAAGACUUCAAGGUUACAAUUCCCAUAGAGCUAAAAACUGGUAUGAAUGAAAAAAAAUUAUUGAUGGUGAAAGUUUGUUUUACAGCAAAAAUUGUAAUAAUCCGAUUCUCUACAAAAAAUGUAUCCACACUUUUUUUUCAUAAGUAUUGCCAUUUUUGUGAUACAGCGGUUGAAAGAAUUGAAAAAAAUAUUUUAUUCGUAAUAUUCUUACCUUACUUACUUCUAUUUUAAGGAUUAAUUUUACUGGACUAAUACCGUAAUUCUUUCGGUUGGUAAAUUGUUUUCGGCAUAGGCAAGUUUGCGGUCGCCAAUUUAGAUCUGAUAGAUGAAACGACGCUUAGCUUAAUGUAUAACUAUUGUAAUAAAUGGACAAUAUUAGUGUUCCCUUGAUGUUGUCUCGCUGUUCGUGUUAGCUGUUACUCCGUCUGCUCAGUGUUGCCGUUACAGGACUGAUCUUGUUAGCGUUAACUUUUAUACUGAAGAGGAACUUUCGAACUGGUCGAUAUUUGAUCGUAUAUCUAGUAACACAAAUUAUUAUUACUCGAUUUCCUAUCGCUGUAAAGUAGAUAAUUGUAUUUAUGCACGCGCUAUGUCGUUCUACAUUAGUCAAUUUGAUUACGAAACAAUUAAAAAAAUCAAUUAAACGAAAUUUACAUUAAUUGUAGUUUAAACUGAAAUGUAAUAAAAACGAAGGAUGCCAAACGACGCGUCUGUAAAGCCCAUAAAGUGUAACAAAUGUAAUAUUUAUCUGCGUAUGUGGCCUUUAACGGAAUUAAGGGCCAAUGUGUUAGUCAAUUUAGUGAAAAUAUUCAAGACUGAACUAGAAAGUGAAUACUCAAUAGUUGUUUUUAUCCUCAUUCUGUUUAUAUCCACAUAAUGCAUCUGCAGUAGACUUAAUGCGUAAUUUAUUUAUUUACAUUCAAAAUAAUAUUAUGAAUUUUACAGAUCUGUUCCUUAAUCGUAUAUGUUGUCUAUAAUCAUAGUAAAUAAAUAAACGAGUCGUACACGGGACACUUGACAGACAAUUCUCAUCGUCAAUUAUAAAUAAUCUCAUUGAUUUGUACAAAUUUCAUAUCCAUACACAUCUUGAGAUACGAUUGUUAGAAUGUGUAACUAUCAUAAUCCUAAUUCGUUUAGCAGCACGUUGGGGUAUGUUUACAACAAUUAUUUUAAACGCUUCUUGAUUACGAAACAUACGUACGAGUAUCUUCAGCACUUUGAAGAUUUGUAUAAGUAUCAUAUUAUAUUCGUAGUAUAUUUUGUGACCUAGAAACUAAAAAUGAGACUUUCAUUAAAUAUAAUGAAAGUAACGUAAAGAAACCUUUAUUAAAUUGAUAAUGUAAACGCGGGUAGUCCAAUAUAAAUGCUAAUAACGACAUCACUAAGUCUACACCUUCGAUGACCAAUUUUCCGUUUCGAUAAGCGCGCAUCACAACGCGUCCCAAUUGUCAUUAACAGGCGCGCGUACUGUCCUUGUGCUCAGUGCAAUACAUACAUGCAAACAAACACUGAACGCAGUCAGUACUGUAUGACGAUGACAGUGUAUAAUUUAAAUUUGUCUUUAUGUAUCUAUUGUAAGACGAUAGAGAGAAUUUGAGGCUCACACUGGCGAGCUAAAACAAUAGGUACUAACAUGUUGGGGUAUGACUCAUACCACCGCACACUCGGAUUGCGCGAAUCGGUAACUUGAUCUGCUUCUAUAUGAUUUGCCUUUUGGACAAUAUAUUGAAUUAAUAAACGAUAAUUGUUCCCUGCGUGCUGCUGCUGUAUUAUAGAUGAGGUCGAAUUUAGUAAUUGUGACCAUUACCUAAACCGAAUAUUAUCCUGUCCUGUAAUAUACUCGAACCUACGAAAGUGUUGUGAAUGCGAUUAGAUUGUAAAUGUGUAAUAAAGUCUCUCGUUUCUUGAUCUCGAUUAUUCUCUGAAAUAAAACAGUAUUUAUCACUUUUUAGAUAGCUUCAACAUGUUUUCCUGAUAUCUGUUUUUCUACACUAAACUAAGUACUUACAACGGACUUUUGGUCUGUUUUAGUCAGACAUAUCUUUUUACAAUUUCAAUUUAUUCUGAUAAUUUCUCAGCAAAACGUUUUACUACUCGCAGUAAAAUAUUUGUAUGAUACAAUAAUGUAAUCUUAUGUAAUAGCUAAGGGUUAAUACCUAGUUAUUUAUGACUAUUGUUGAUUAUGUAACUGAAGUGUAUCCAUUAGUAAAAUUUUAAUCUGA